CACACACACACACACAUGCUGCUGCAGACAGCUCUGCCGGCUACACCAGCGUCUGCCUGCCACCGUUAGCUCCCAGCAUCCUCGCUGCUGCAUGCAACAAAAAAACAGCUGACAGUUGUAGCCUUUCUCUCUGUUUUUCGAGCUGCAGUUUACGAAAGAGAAGAAGAAGUGUAGAAAGCCGGCUGCCUCCUGGGUCUCCUGCUUCUCCCUCACCCUCCCCACCUCCCUCCCUCCACCCUCUCUCUAUCUCUCUCGUGCUCACACACAUCCCCAUCACAUCCACACCCACACCCAAGGAUACCCUGCCUGCCUCUGCCUCUCUCACGCCAGCAGCCCUUUUUCCUCUUCCCCUUCAACUACAUUUUUUUAAAUUAUUUCCUCCGGGGAGGUGAUGCUCAUCUGACCCCCCCUUUCCCCCACCACCUCCACCUUUUCUUCCCAAUCCAAGACUUUUGUGGAUGCUCUCCUCUUUAAUCCGUCCCUGCUCUGCUACUUUGUCGCUACCUGUGGAGGUUUUCCCGGUUUUCUCUCCUGCCAGCCGUCGCUCAGAGUGCAGCCCCACAGAGAGGCACCAUGCUGGGAUUGGACGUGUGUGAGUUUGGGGGUCAGGUGCUGGAGCUGCUGUGGUUAACUAUGUGCUACAGAGGUCUCAUGGCUGACAAGAAGGAUUUGUACAUUGAAGAGGAGGAGGACGACAGAAACCUAAACUACAUCGCUCCGGUCCAGAAGACUUUGGAUGAGAUUCAGCAACUGGACAAAGAUGAUGAGAGUCUGGUCAAGUACAAGCAGACCCUGCUGGGGAUGACACCAAUGCUGGCAGACCCCAACGUGCCGAACAUCCAGGUGACCAGAUUGACCCUGCUGUGUGACAUGGCUCCUGAACCAAUCACCAUGGACCUGACAGGUGUGUGUGUGUGUCUGCAGGUGAACAGAGAAAUCGUUGCUGGCUUGCGGUACCAUCAUGUGACCUCCAGAAAAGGAAUUACAGUGGACAAGGUGACGUACAUGGUGGGCAGUUACGGCCCCAAGGCAGAGGUGAUCGAGUUUCUAUGCCCGGUUGAGGAGGCACCCAAAGGCAUGAUGUCACGCGGCCACUAUCAGGUCAAAUCCCACUUCAUCGACGACGACAAGAACGUCUGCUUGGACUGGGAGUGGAACCUCGACAUCACCAAGGACUGGAAUGAAUAGAGGGAGAGAGCAUGAGAGAUGAUCUCUUCCCUUCUUUCACUCCUGUUCUCCACCUCCCUCUUUUCCUUUCCCUUUCACCCUCCUCCAUCUCGUCCUGCGAGAACAGCCUCGCGACGGCCCGAGUCAGGAGGCUCUACUCCUCCUCCUCUUCCUCCUUUUUCUCUUCUUGUCUGUUUAAUGCAGGUGUCCUGAUGGGGCUCCCCCGUCUCUCUGCCUUCUGUCCCUGCAUUUAUAGCCUUCUUCAGGAUUCUUCUAUAUCUAUAACCUGUCCAUGCAGAGGCGUCCACACGACGGCGCUUUCUGGAUGACCAGUCUACCUUUCCUUUUACUUUCAGUUUCCUUUCUCCCACCCUGCCUUCAUGUAUCAGCAAAAACAGGCGAUAAAAGGAAGUCAGUUUGUGGCACAAAGGGAAAUAUGAUAUACACAUACAAUGCAUAAUGACAAACAUCCAAUAGCUGUCAAACAGACGUCCCCAAAGAGUUGAAAUAUGUGAAUGCUCAGUAGGAACUGUGGAUAUACAUGUCAGAACAUCAAAGAGUAACACUGAAAACACACCAAGCAGUGAGGAAGUGUGGCUCAUUUUUCUGUGGCCAGGAGGCGUGUUCAUGUGUUUCAGGCAGGAACAAAUCCUUUGUAACAUACAUCAACAUGUCACAGCAGUCACAGGACUCUGUGUACAGGUGCAGGUAUUGCUGCAAAGUCUGCCCAGCUUUUAGUCCGGCAGCACUUUCCCACAGAAUCACACGGCCGCUGCAGCUUUCCAUAGACAUCGCAUGGCACUUCGUCACUGCUUGGUGUGUUGUCAGUGUAAAGGAGGCCGCAGAGGGAGCGACAUGAUAUGAAAAAUACUGUGUGAGAUGCGGCAGAGGCUGUAGCAACUCAUGGAGGCCUUAAAACUCUGAGGGCACAAACAUGGUCCAUGUAAGUAGGCAAAUACAGAUACUACGAACUACCCAAGAUUGAUGUGAGUCCAGUCAAAAAGCUUAGUGCUGAGUGUUGCAUCAAUAUGAGAGACUUGUUCUUAUGGUAAAAAGAAAAUCUAUUAACAUGUGCACAUAAGAUUUAAAAAUGUGAAAAGUCCCUAUCAACCCCAAAGACCCCAUCGAGAUGGUAUGAUUUAAGGAGGAUGAUGAAUCCAUAGCUGAAUAGGGGGUCUAGACACUGGUGGUGGUAGAGGUGGUGAAGAUGAGAUGAGAAGAUGGAGAAGUGCUGAUGAUCUGGAUGAGU